UUUCACUGCAAUCGCCAACAUGGACCGGUGGGUCGGAAAAGUAGCAGUAGUGACCGGGGCAAGCGCUGGCAUCGGAGCGGCCAUUGCCAAGGAACUGGUUCGGGCAGGUCUCCUGACCGUUGGUCUCGCUAGACGUGUUGAGUUGGUUGAGGCUCUGAAAGGUGACCUGGCGAGUGUAGAAAUUGCUUCCCGGUUGCAUGCAGUCAAAUGUGAUGUAUCUAAAGAGGAAGAUAUUUUGAGCGCAUUUGGAUUCAUUUGCGAGAAGUUUGGCGGAAUUGAUGUGCUGGUGAACAACGCUGGGGUCAGCAGAGAUGGGACGGUUCUAGGAGUUGGAAACUCAAAAGACCUUCGCGAUAUCUUUGAUACAAACGUGAUAGGGUUGGCCUUAUGUAGCCGGGAAGCAUAUCAAUCGAUGAAGAAACGAUCUGUAGAUGGGCAUAUUAUAAACAUCGGAAGCCUAUCGGGGCAUCAAGUGUACGACAUUCCGAGGCAAUCAAUCUACAGCCCAAGCAAGUUUGCCGUUAGAGCCCUAACCGAUUCGAUGCGGAUCGAGAUGCGCAAUGAGAGCUCGAGAGUGAAAGUUACUUGCAUCAGUCCCGGAAUCGUGAUGACGGAUAUGGUUGGAGAUUUUGCGGAUGCAAUCCAUUUUCCUACUCUGCUGGCAGAGGAUAUUGCUGAUUCGGUUCGAUAUGUGUUGAGCACACCGCCCCGAGUACAGAUACAUGAGCUAGUGAUAAGACCUAACGGGGAGCCAUUUUAGUUAUCCGUUACAAAUUUGUGGAAGAAAAUAAAUGUUAAUUAGUGGUUUAAUUUGUUGUACUAUGCGUUUAUUUUUUUCAGCACUUUGAUUUAACUUGCACUCUUUUGAAAGAAUGUUGUUCAGUCUUUGUUUGUUGAUGUUCCUGUCAAAAGUUAAGUUGAAAAUUGUGUCAUAUUGGAGAUCUUAUUAGCAACCGCCAGACAUUUACAUAUGUGUCGUGUGAAAAAAACUUUUUUUUAACUAACUUUCACAUUUCUAUCUUAUAAAUAUUUUGCCAUUUAAGAAGUGUAGAUUUUCAAUGUAGUUCAAAAUGGUUAAAAAAAAAACUCGAAAAUGAUUUAUUUUUUAUAAAUAACUAGCUGACCCGGUGUGCCUUGCUACACCUUCCAAAAUUUAUUAAAAUUUGUGGUUCCUAGUUAUUGAACUGUGGUGGACCCGCAACAUUGUAUUUAUCAAUAUUACAGUUCGUUUAUGCAUGCAAAGCAUAAACAAACUGUAUAUCGAACAAAGUCCAAUGUGAGGGCUCAGCGCAAGACGCUGACUCCGCACUUUCGGACUGUACUAUGUUCGGUCGGUCACCGCACGCAGCACUGUAAAGAAAGUAGCAAAUAGAUUAGUCUUAAGUGACACACGAACGACA